UACUUUGCACGCGUAAUCUUAUCACAAGUGAUGUAGUGGUGAAUGCGACAAGACCUAGAGAUACGUUCUCAGUAGGUAACUUAUUGAUUGAUCAUCAAACUAGUGCAGCUAUUGGUUCUCAAGAUGAAAAUAUCAUUGAUAUUUUUGGUGCUCGCAGUUCAAAGUAUAAACCACGCAUACAGCCUGGUUUGCUACCAGUGUCAAGAAACCAUUGGGAAAAAUUUGGCUUGUGAGAAAAAUGUAAUUACUGUGUUGACGGAAAAUUGCACACAAAAUUUUGUAUGCAUCAAAUACAUACAUACAGAAUUCAACCUAACCUCAGUAACCAGGGGAUGUUCUCCAAGAACCCGUUGCGAAGAAUUGAAUGCGCAAUUUGGCGGCUCACUGGAAAAAUGCUCUACUUGUAAUGAAGAUCGAUGCAAUUCUUCGUUCAUAAACAAGAGCUCAGUAGUUUUCAGCCUAAUUACGAGUGCAUCUCUGCUGUUCAGGAUUUUUUUAUAGUUGAUGUUUACGAAGUACUUUUGGAGUACAAACCUUUGUAUUCAAUGAUUAUAUAAGUUUUAUAUUUAUUUAUCAGUUUUAUUUA